AUGGUCGCCCUCCUGACCCCGGCGUGCAUUGGCUUCCUCUUCGCCUUGGUCCUGCCGCUCGCCUGGGUCACGGCACUCGUUCUUCAGCCAGGCCUCCAGUCGGCACGCAUGUGGGCGCUCUUCACAGGCUUGUGGAUGGAGACGACCAUGGUGAUUCAGACGACGCGGAGCUUCACGCGUCCGGCCAGCUUUGGCAAGUCCGGUGCGGCUACGUCUCUGGUGCCGCUCAUCUUGGGCAUGUUCAUGGGCCCAUUGCAGCCGCUUGCUUUUGAGGGCAUCGACGCCCAAUGCCCCGACACUGCACGCCUCAUCGCCUACAUCGUGAUCGCCAUCGGCUCCAACGGGAUCAAGCUCGCGCUCCGGCUCCACUCGAGCCUCAUUCCCGCCGCUGUGGCCUCACCCUCGCCGCUGUCGCGCUCUCGCGCGCUGCAGGCGUGGCUGGCCACAUCGCUCGUCGAGAUUUUGUCACUGGAGGUGAUCCUCUGCACCGCCGUCGAGCUGCGCUCGGGCCCGCCAUUCGAGAGCCAUUCGACGACAUGUGCGGCGCAAGGCUUUAAGGAGUUCUUCUUUCCCAGGCUUCGCGGCUUCGUCUACUUUGAGUAUGCGCAGCUCGUAAUCACCGCCUUGUGGCUCCACGGGAGGCAUUGCGCUAACGUCGCUCCCGCCAAGAGGGACUCUGGUUCACACCACUUUUCCGCAUUACUGUUUUAG